UUUCCUAUAAAAAAUUGCAGCCAAGCGUUUUAAAUCCCUCCUUAGGGUUAGCGUUCAAAGCUGUGCUUUCCACACGCUUUUUAUUCACAAUAAAAAACGAAAACGAAAAUAGUUUCCUUCUAAUUCCGUGACUUUCAGAUACAUGCAUAGCAGUCAUAUUGGAAUAAGCCCAUCUCUAAGAAGCGAAGAAGCUGUAUUGCAAUCUGGCUAGAAACAGGCCGUCGUCUCAGAAGCAUGCUAAGGAUUGGGUUUUUAUAGUUGCUAAAGAUUCUCUUUCACUCUGGCCGCUGCAACAAAAUCGAACUCUUCUCGCACCUCUAAGUGGGUGUGGGGUAAUAAUGAGGGGGUGAUUUUACUUUGUGUUUUGAGGAGAUCAAGAUCAUCACACAUCUGGAGGUUGUGUCGAGUUUCAGAGGGUUUGUCGCUUGACUAUGGCUAAGGUCCAUUUUGGUUGAGUUCCAGGAAGAUUGAUUGUAGCAUGUGAUUGUAUUUUAGAGAAACCAGAUCUAUAUUUUGGGCUUGAGUAACAGAGCAGGAUUGUUGAUCAUUGUUAGCUUUUAAUGUUACGAAAAGAGUAGUUGGCUUGUGAAAGAAGCUUUGGUUGAUUUCAAUUAAAUGGUUAGGUUUUCAUGUUUCAAUGCUCAUAUCAAUUCCCACAAAGCAAAAAAAACAGUUCAAUUGUCUGUUGAAGCAAUGCAGAAGACCUUGCAAGAUUGUUCUUUAAAACAGGACCUGAAGGACUUUUCUUCUUCAGACCUAAACCCAAUACAUUUGAAGGAGCAAGAAGAUGGUCUCUUUAAUACUUGUGCUAAUGAUCUUACAAGUUCCUCUUCCGUUGACCGUGGCUGGAAAUUAGAGGAAAUCAACGGCGAAUACGACACUGAGAGGAACAUAGGGGUUCAUCAGAAUGGGCAUAUUAAAAAGAGCCUUUCUCUAGAAAGUGGACUGGAAAGAAAGGGGAGGGUUUCUGUUGGCAAUGAUUUAGAUGAUGAGGCAAAUAAAAGAUUUUCUUGUGAUGGUUCCCCUGAUCACAGCGGGUUGGUGGUGCCAUUUUGUGGCAAGGAUCCGGAAAUAACCUUGCCCAAUCAGUUUCAAGAAGCUCUGCUCCCUGAUUCUUUCCAAGUAGGUUCCGAGUUGGUGAACAAUGGGUCCGUCUUCUCAAUCGGGGAGACACAACAGUCAGAAAAAGGAGGAAGUGAAAACUGUGAUAACCAAUUUUUUGGUGAGAAUGCCGAUAAGUCUAGAUAUCAUAUGCCUCGUACUCCCCCUCUUAUCAUAAAAUCAAGUUCUUUGCCCAACAUUGGUUCUUUGGGCGGCUCUUCUCCUCCUACGUACAUGGCAUCUCGCUCUAGAUCUUCUGAGGAUCUUCAGAUUCUAGACUCGAGGCGGAGAGAGAUGUCAGCUUAUGAGAUAGGUGCACAAGUAACACAAGACCAGGGAAAAGAUUAUUCCGUAUCAAAUAAUGAGAAAAAUAAUUGUGAGAACCCUGCUGACGAUGGUUAUGAUUCUUGUAACUAUGUUGGUUCAGCAAAGGACUGGAUAAUACCUGUGAUGGAUGAAGAGAACAUGGUGAAAAACCUUCAGGGGGAAUCUUCAUCACGCCAGUGGAAUGAAUUGCCAAACAAGGAUUUCAAGACCAAACGUAUUGAGGAUUGGGUUAUUGAUCUUCAGCAUUUCAGCCCUUUGGAUGAGACAGAUGAAGUACCCACUUCUAACGAUCAUCAGGUACAGAGAGGUGCCACUGUCUUGGACCAUCUGACUGCUGCAAGGUUAGAUGGUAAGAUAAUCCCAGGAAUGGAAGCAGUUAGGAAAUAUAUCUCUUCUUUGAGUGCCUCAGCCACCGCUGCUCAGCUGGCAAAUCAUGGGUUGGUUGUGAUCCCAUUUCUCAGUGCUUUUGUAAGCCUAAGGGAGCUUAAUUUAUCGGGAAAUGCUAUAGUGAGGAUAACUGCUGGUGCUCUUCCCCGAGGACUCCAUGUUUUGAAUCUGUCAAAAAACAAUAUCUCCACCAUUGAAGGUUUGCGUGAACUUACACGACUUCGUAUACUCAACCUGAGCUACAACCGGGUAGUCAGAAUUGGACAUGGCCUAGCUUCUUGUUCCUCUCUAAAAGAGUUGUACUUGGCUGGAAACAAAAUUAGUGAGGUUGAAGGACUUCACCGGCUCCUAAAACUGAAUGUCCUUGAUCUGCGGUUCAACAAGAUCUCGACAGCCAAAUGUUUGGGCCAACUUGCGGCUAAUUACAAUUCGUUACAAGCCAUCAGCCUGGAAGGAAACCCAGCCCAGAAGAAUGUAGGAGAUGAACAACUGAAGAAGUAUCUGUUCGGUCUUCUUCCCCAUCUGGCUUAUUUCAACAGGCGGCCUAUUAAAGUCGGCACUUUGAAAGAUGCAGCAGACCGAUCAGCUCGAUUAAGUAUGUCUGCCCAUCAGACUGAUCGUGGCCUUCGAUCAGAACACAAGAGUUUGCGCAAGGCAAGCCAUGGUGUUGCAGCUCACAAGACGAUGUUAUCUUCAUCAAUCCAUGGUCGUAGAAGUCAAGUCGUGGAUCCAGCAAAACAGUCCAAAGGCAAGCAUGGGCGCCUGCCUCCUCUUGGGACUAAAGCAACAACUAGCAAUCGGCAUCAGUUUUAUGACAUCGGCAGCAAACUUCUGAGCUUCAGACCUGAUCUCUCUAUUCGGAGGAGUCGGAGUGAGGGAACUUUGGCAGCUCUUUGAGCUCAUUCUCAUGCUUUGCAUAUGAAUUAUAUACUACUCUAGUUCUGGUUGUGGGUUUUCAAUUGCGAUUUUGUGUUUUAACAUAAAUUAAUGCCCGUCCUCAGUGUAACAUCUUGCAUCGGCGGGCAAGAUUGGUAAAGGUCGUUCAUUGCAGUAGAUUGCAAAUGUCGUUUCUUUUCUUGCAGUGGAUUUGUAACUAGUUUAAGUGGAUUGAGAAACUGUUAAGAGCCACCCUUUGUAUAAUUUUUUUUUUUCACCUGGAAUCAUUUGUUUGGAUUGUAAUAAGCUUGAAUUUCUGAAUUAUUUUCUAAAAU